GUAUCAUUAUGUUUUGACGUAAUUGACACCGAGGGGUAUUUCAUCGCUAACCAUACAGGUGCUACUGGACAUGUAUGCCUAAUGUGCGGGCGGCGUGAAAUGCGUGGUUACGAUGUUCGUGCAUGCUGUUUGACGUAACAAGCAAGAAAUGCGCGUCCACAGAGGAAUGGCUCUGCACCUCACACACUGAAAACUGUGCAACGGGGGCAUGCAUGCACUUGAACCCAGCAGACCAACAAGCUGCUGUGUAGUCUGUAGCAGAUCCACGGCAAAACGACGUCUUGGUUUUUCUGCAAUAGCAUCACUGGAGCUGGAGGAGGAGGGCUUUAAGGACAAGACAACAUUUACACAAUCUCUGAUGUGAAGAGGCAGGUGCACAGAUUUGCGCCUCGUCUUUUCUUCUUCUUUUGCAAUCAGAUUUUUCGAACGCAGCCUGUGAUAUGCAGCCUCUACCUGCCAGAUGUGUGGUACCAGCGCCACAACUGCAGCCUACAGUCUUUUGUUUAGAGUGCGUCUGCUCUCUACCGACUGCUGAUCUACUGGGAUCGGAGGUGGAGCACUGAGACGUCCACAGCUGCAACUCUCAUCAUCAUCAUCAUCAUCAUCAUCAUCAUCAUCAUCAUCAUCAUCAUCUUCAACGUCUGCCACUUACAACACGACAAGACACAAGAGGAGAGAGGCUGCGUGUGUCUGAUCAAAGAGCCAGCAGUCACAAAGCACCUGUAGACAAUGACUCCAGCAGAGCUGCUUGGGUGAGCGCAGCAUGAGAUAAUUGAGGAGUACGAUACUGAUCGCUGAUUCAAGCUUUUUCUGUCUGGCGCUGAGGAAAAUGUUCCAGAGUGUCAGUUGACUGGCAGGGUUGCAGUGCUGUUGUAGCCCUGGACAUAGCCAGCAGCUGAAGCGCGGACACCUCAAAGGAGAUGGCUCGUCCAGGAUCAGGGUUGCUGGCGCCCGGCAACGGGCUGGGGUACCCCCCUCAGAACCUGGCCAGGGUGGUGGUCUGGGAGUGGCAGAAUGAACAUGGGCGCUGGAGGCCCUACAGUGCAGCGGUCUGCCACCAUAUUGAGAAUGUGCUGAAGGGGGAUGCCCGGGGAACUGUAGUGCUGGGGCAGGUGGAUGCCCCGCUAUCUCCAUACGUCAUCGACCUGCAGUCCAUGCACCAGUUUCGACAGGACACAGGCACCAUGAGACCAGUGCAGAGGAACUUUUACGAGCCGUCGUCCGCUCCGGGGAAAGGUGUGGUGUGGGAGUGGGAGAACGACAACGGCUCGUGGACGCCGUAUGACAUGGAGAUCUGUGUGACCAUCCAGAACGCCUACGAGAAGCAGCACCCCUGGCUUGACCUGACUUCUCUGGGCUUCUGCUACCUCAUCGACUUCAACAGCAUGUGUCAGACCAACAGGCAGAGCCAGCGCAAGCGACGCCUGCGGAGGCGCAUGGACCUGGCCUUCCCGCUCAUCAUGGGUUCCAUCCCCAAGUCGCAAUCAUGGCCCGUGGGAGCCAGCUCCGGCCAACCCUGCUCCUGCCAGCAGUGCAUCCUGGUCAACAGUACGAGAGCCGCCUCUAAUGCCAUUCUGGCCUCCCAGCGGCGGAAGCUCUACGGAGGGACAGCGGGAAACCCGGGCGCCGCAGGAACCCUCGCUGUAGUGCGGCAGAGCAACACCUUUGCUGGAACCUCCUUGUGGUCGCCAACAUCCGCCUCCUCCGGCACCAACAACAUCAACAUAAGUAUGGGAGGUGGGCAAGCCAAAGCUGAGCAGGUGCAGUUGCCACUGCCCUCUGCCAACUUCCCCUGUUCCCCCAUGAUGCCACCUCUUUCAUCCACCCAUGGCCACCACGCUCUCACCGUCAACGGACAGAACAACCUGAAUCGGCCGGGCACACAGCGCAUUCCCAUGGGCACUGCCAGAGGAGCCAUUCCACAAGGGGUUCCUGCCCUCCCAGUAAAGAACCUGACUGGAUCUGGACCUGUGCACCCGGCACUAGCAGGUAUGACAGGUAUCCUGAUGUGUGCUGCAGGUCUGCCAGUUUGCCUGACUCGGGCACCCAAGCCCAUACUGCACCCACCACCCAUCAACAAGAGCGACAUGAAGCCUGUGCAAGGGAUCAACGGCAUGCGCCGCAAAACCAAGAAAAAGCACCUGAGGAGAGGCAAAAACCCAGAGGAUGUGGUGCGAAGAUACACAGAGAAGAUUAAAGUGGUGCCAGAUGAGGACUGUACCAUCUGCAUGGAGAGGCUGGUCAUGUCAUCAGGCUAUGAAGGCAUCCUGCAGCACAAAGGCAUCAAGCCAGAACUGGUGGGCAAACUUGGCAAGUGUGGUCACAUGUACCAUCUGCUGUGCCUGGUGGCCAUGUACAACAAUGGCAAUAAGGAUGGCAGUCUUCAGUGUCCAACAUGCAAAACCAUUUACGGUGAGAAAACCGGCACCCAGCCUCCUGGGAAGAUGGAGUAUCACGUCAUCCCCCACUGCCUGCCUGGCUACCCGGACUCCAAGACCAUCCGCAUCGUCUACGACCUUCCUGCUGGGAUCCAGACCAAUGAGCAUCCCAACCCCGGGAAGAAGUUCAGUGCAAGAGGGUUCCCUCGUCACUGCUACCUCCCUGACAAUGAGAAAGGCCGGAAGGUACUGAAGCUGCUGAUCAUGGCCUGGGACCGACGCCUCAUCUUCACCAUCGGCACGUCCAGUACUACAGGCGAGUCGGACACGGUGGUGUGGAACGAGAUUCACCACAAGACAGAAUUUGGAUCCAACCUGACCGGCCAUGGCUACCCCGACCCCAACUACCUGGUCAACGUCCUGACAGAGUUGGUGGCCCAGGGGGUCGGUGAGGACAACUUGAAGGACUGAUGGUCGGCUGAGCUGAUUCACAGGAACACAACCCAACAUGCCCCGCCAUCUCCCAGAGGACAGAACCCUGCAUGACGGGCCAACAAGUAGCCGACAACUCUUUAGUCCCCACAAACCAAAAUACCCUGCGGAAGUGGUGACACAAGAGCAACGGAAGCUAACUAAAUGGUGUGGUUAUGGUCGAUAUUUUAAUUUGAAUAACCUACGGUUUCCUCCAUGCUGUCUCUUGAUCGAUGCCUUGAGCAUGUUGUAUUCUUGCCAAAUGUUCUCAGAGGGUUGAAGAAUACAAAGACAAGGUGAGAUUUCUGUCUUGGUAAAUUGUGUUUAACCCCUUUUCGAUUACAACUGAAGCUGUUCUUCUGCACUUGAUGAGGACUCAUAUUUGUAAAUGGGCCCAUAUUUGUAAAUGCUGAACUCCAGAAUGCAUGGCCCAGACUAACGCUGCAUAAUGAAGGUUGGGUAAAUAUCUGCAAUCGGAUAAAGUGUCUGUUUCUUGCUUGAUAUUGUGAAGAGAAAUUUAAGAGAAUUUCAGCAUUUUGAUUAAUCCAAAUGAAUUGAUUAUUUGCGUCCCCCUUUUACUCUAAUAAUUGAUUACUAGUGAAUGUGUGUCUGUUAAGUUGCACUGGGCAUCUCUGACAUUUUACACUUCUAAGACCUUUGGUCAGUUCUCUAAAAUGGAAGUUUGUUCUGUCGUGCACAAAGUUGAUUCCAGGGAGAUAAAGGCUAUGAAAUAUUAAUGUUUGGUAAUAAGCGUAUGUUGUAUGGUUAACCUUGUGAACUGUCUAUGAGAGGAGACAUGAAAUAAAUGAAACAAGCAUCUUACCAGUCAGUUUGAUGCUCGUCAUGAGGUGUUGUGACUUGACAGGCUGAGGUUGUGAAGAGGGAUUUGCUAUGCUCCAAGGUUGAACUCAUUUGUUUUGUUGACACGCUGAUGAUGAUGAUGACCUCUGUGAACAUAAAUCCUGCAUUAUUUUUCUCCUUGUUGGAGACUAAUCCAGGCAUCUUCACAAUCCAUCAUUCUGACCAUUCAAUGGGCGAUUGCGGGCUCUGUGGCAAUAACAUGCUGACUUGAGGUCCUUUAGGAGAAAAGCUGAACAUGCUUCUAGCAGAUGGAUGUUUCUCUUUCAAACACCAAUAGUUCUCCCUUGGCGAUCCAUCUCGGGCUUUAGCUUGCCAGAGAGCCACACGUCUUGUUUUCUGCUGGGCAGUACGCAGCGCUCCACAAGCUCCACUGCUUGUACAGCGAGCAGGGAAACAUUGUAUUCUUUGCGUGAGCUCAUUCAGUCAUUGAGUUGAUAGAGCCGAUCCUGAUGUACAUCCCCACUUUCCUCCCCCUACCCGGCAACAGCAGAGUACUUCAUUCUAGAAACCUUGUUCUUGAAAAAGAAAUUUCAUAUUUCCCCCUCAGAUUUUAUGCCCAUGGGGUGAAGACUGUUUAAAGGUCCUUCAAUGAGGUCUUGUGCUGUUUCUGCGCUCUGAGAUAAAAGAUAACCCAGUCCUGCAUAAUUCUCCAUUCAUAUAUCUGAUACAUUUUAAUGAGAGGGGGUGUUGAUGUAAGGUUUAUCGUGUGGACACCCAGCUGUGAGCUUAAUUUUGGAGUGAAUCAUAGUCUUCCAUAGCACUUUGAGGCAACGGUUUGGUUUAAUCAGUCGUUACAUUUUUAGGAAAAUAUAAAAUAGCAACUAAAUCUUCUUCUUUUUUUUAAGUUGAUGUUUAUAAACCGGCUUGCGAUGCUUUGAAAAAUAGGCCUAUCUAUCGAUAUACAUUUGCAGAUGUGAUAUAUCUUUAAAUUCAAGCUCAAUUUGAGUCAAUGGUGUAAGUUUAAUUUAUUUUUAUACUCUUCUAUAUCGUAAAUAUAAAGAUGGCCCACAUAUCUAUACACAGGCACAUGUUAACAUGAAUACAUAAAAUCUGGCAGAGAUGAAUUUGUCAGUAUGUCAGGGACUGUUGAAAUAUGUAUGACAUGUUAUGGAUGUCUUAUAUUACAAGUAGUCUUAGCGUAUGCUGCUCUCGUUACCUUAAUGUAGAAUCUGUGUAGAUGAUCCCCUGUGGGACUCCAAUAAAUACAGUAAAUGUGUCUUUAUUAUUGGUGGGGAGCUUUUAGAAGCAUGAAGAUGUCCGUUCCCCCCUUUUUUUUUAAAGGCCCUGAAAACACAAUACUCCCAAAGUUAAAAUUGUUGUUAUUUAACAUUGUUUUAAUGCAUAUCCUUGCUUUUGUCUUCAGAUACAAUGCAAAGAGUAAUUAAAAUACUUUUCUGUGAAAAAUUCAAACUUUCUGGCACCUGCACAGGCUUAAACAAACUAUACAAGUGUGAUAUUUGACCCAGGUGUUGAAAACAGAUAUUGUUUGGCCUGUUCCAUCUCAAGUUCUCUCCUUCACAACCUUUUUGACUCCCUUUAUAAUACGGGACAGCAAGAGAUAAUGCUUCCAACCUAUCAGGGACAUUUUUCCAUGUUGAGAGAAGUUUAAUCAACCAGAGAAAUCCAAAUGUUUGCUUCUUUGACUUUUCCUUUCCAUGUGUUGGCCUUGUGGUAUGAAUGAUUGCAGGCCCUUAAGACUUUUCAGGUGUGUACAGACUUAUAUUGGAUCGAUGAAUAAAACAUGGUAUGGUAUUGGUCUGAUUGAGUGAGGUGAUGUAUAUGCAAUUUACAAUUUUUAAAAUCUUAUACAUGAUUUAUGUGUAGCAAGAAGGCAUUUUAUUUGUUUGAGAUGACAAUGGAUGUUUUCUUUAUGGGGUGCCUACUGUACCUCGUGGAUUCUGAACAAAGGGGUUGGGAUCCAAAGAUCACAUUAUGUGUACUAGAAAACAUAUAUUUUUGAUGUCUUUUUUUUUCAAUGAUGAUUGUCUCUAAAAGAAUGAUUACACAACAUUACUGUCUAACUCUUAUUAUGAUUCAUAACAUACUACUUUGCAUUUGAUUAGAAGUGGAAUAAGGGGUGAAAUCAAUUUAAUCCUAACUCAUAAAGUAUACAGUUGUACUCUCUCUUAGUAUCAACUGCAAACUUUACUUCUUUUUCUAAAUGAUACCUUGACAUGUGUGCUUGUAUCUCGUUGUCUGUGCGAGUGUGUGAAUGUGUGCCGAGUGCAUAAACACGUGUUAGGUUCAUGUCCCUUAAAGAUGCAGUAAUGUUCUCCGAGAGGUGCAUGUGAACCAAACUGUGAGCAAGUUUAUUGACGAUGCAUACGUGAAGGCAAAUCAAUGCAACAAUCCGCAAGCGCAAAUGACAUCACGUCCCUGCGUGAAGAAUAUCUCUGCUCGCGAGGAGAAACCAAUGCUUUGAGGGCAAGGAGCCUCACCUGGUGCAUGACUUCUCUCACUGCGCUUCUGCUCACAACGCUUUUUAUGUUAUUUUAUUUCUGACAGUAAGUGGGCGGGCCCAGUCGCCGUUGUGUCAAUACAUUGAAUUGGUUUCAACCCUCGUCUAUACCGACACAGACGCUAGGUGGCGGUAUCACGGCGGGUUUCAAAACCGUCACUAAACGCCACUCGACUAGAUCUCAGACGCGCGCGCAGAUCUCAUUUGUGCUCGCGGACGCUGACGUGGAUUUGCCUUCAGCUGCAUAGCUUUUUGCAUAAUGGAACAUCAUAGCUUCUUUAGAGAUAUCACACAGGUCUUCUGGUGAUUUAGCACUGUGGUUUUGCAUCUAACUUCAGUUAGAAGGGUUUGUUCCUCUAUCGUGUUUGGUUUAUGGGGACGAGGCAGCGUUUGGCUCCUCUCCUCACUCUUUUGACCAUAAGAUAGUUUUACAUCUGAAGUACCCAUUUUAAUUGACAGUUUCAAAUCAUGAUUUGUGUGGUUUAAUUUCUCUUAAUCGGUCUCUACAUAUUGCUAUUUAAAAUGGUUCAUAAAGAGAAACUGAGAUCAACUAAAAGCAAGAUAUAGAGAGACAUUGAUUAAACUAUAAAGGGCUUCUUAAUCUAUCGGUCUUUAUUGAAUUGUGAUGACCUUGUUGCAUGUUUGUGUGUUUCUUGUGGAAAAAUAAAUGUGCCCUGGACUGGGGUAGUUUGUUUGACCUUUUGUC